AGUGAACUUCCUGAGGAGAAUGAAGCAGGAGGAGCUGGCUGACUGUCUGCAGAUCAUAAUUGAACCUCAUGAAGUAUGUGGACGUAAAGUUAAAUCUACUCUGAAGGAGAAGUUCCAGUGUGUGUUUGAGGGGAUUGCUAAAGCUGGAAACUCAACCCUUCUGAAUGAGAUCUACACAGAGCUCUACAUCACAGAGGGAGGGACUGCAGAGGUCAAUGAUGAACAUGAGGUCAGACAGAUUGAAACAGCAUCCAGGAAACCACACAGACCGGAAACAAGCAUCAGACAAGAAGACCUCUUUAAAGCCUCACAUGGAAGACAUGGACCAAUCAGAAGAGUGAUGACAAAGGGAGUGGCUGGCAUUGGGAAAACAGUCUUAACACAGAAGUUCACUCUGGACUGGGCUGAAGACAAAGUCAACCAGGACAUCCUCUUCGUAUUUCCAUUGACUUUCAGAGAGCUGAAUGUGGUGAAAGAGAGAAAGUUCAGCUUGGUGGAACUUGUUCAUCACUUCUUCACUGAAACCAAAGAAGCAGGAAUCUGCAGCUUUGAAGACUUCCAGGUUGUGUUCAUCUUUGACGGUCUGGAUGAGUGUCGACUUCCUCUGGACUUCCACAACACUGAGAUCCUGACUGAUGUUACAGAGUCCACCUCAGUGGAUGUGCUGCUGACAAACCUCAUCAGGGGGAAACUGCUUCCCUCUGCUCGCCUCUGGAUAACCACACGACCUGCAGCAGCCAAUCAGAUCCCUCCUGAGUGUGUUGACAUGGUGACAGAGGUCAGAGGGUUCACUGACCCCCAGAAGGAGGAGUACUUCAGGAAGAGGUUCAGAGAUGAGGAGCAGUCCAGCAGCAUCAUCUCCCACAUCAAGACAUCACGAAGCCUCCACAUCAUGUGUCACAUCCCAGUCUUCUGCUGGAUCACUGCUACAGUUCUGGAGGAUGUGUUGGAAACCAGAGAGGGAGGAGAGCUGCCCAAGACCCUGACUGAGAUGUACAUCCACUUCCUGGUGGUUCAGGCCAAAGUCAAGAAGGUCAAGUAUGAUGGAGGAGCUGAGACAGAUCCACACUGGGAUAAAAAGAGCAGGAAGAUGAUUGAGUCUCUGGGAAAACUGGCUUUUGAUCAGCUGCUGAAAGGAAACCUGAUCUUCUAUGAAUCGGACCUGACAGAGUGUGGCAUCGAUAUCACAGCAGCCUCAGUGUACUCAGGAGUGUUCACACAGAUCUUUAAAGAGGAGAGAGGCCUGUACCAGGACAAAGUGUUCUGCUUCGUCCAUCUGAGUGUUCAGGAGUUUCUGGCUGCAGUCUACACGAUCCACUGUUACACCAACAGGAAGACAGAGGAGCUGAAGGACUUCCUGGGAAGAACCUACAACUACUCAUCUCUGGAUGACUUUCUGAACAGAGUCAUGAUUAAAUCCCUGGAGAGUAAAAAUGGUCACCUGGACCUGUUAGUUCGCUUCCUUCAUGGCCUCUCUCUGGAGUCCAACCAGAGGCUCUUAGGAGGUCUGCUGGGUCAGAGAAAGAACAGUCUAGAAAUUAUUCAGAGAACCAUCAACAACCUGAAGAAGAUGAACACUGAUAAAAUCUCUCCUGACAGAAGCAUCAACAUCUUCCACUGUCUGAUGGAGAUGAACGACCUCUCAGUUCAUCAGGAGAUCCAAGAGUUCCUGAAAUCAGUGAACAGAUCAAAGAAGGAACUCUCUGAGAUCCACUGCUCAGCUCUGGCCUACAUGCUGCAGAUGACAGAGGAGGUUCUGGAAGAGUUGGACCUGGAGAAGUACAACACAUCAAUGGAGGGACGACGGAGACUGAUUCCAGCUGUGAGGAACUGCAGAAAGGCUCGACUUGCUGACUGUGGACUCUCAGAGAGUCACUGUGAAGUCGUGGUCUCAGCUCUGAAGUCCAACCCCUCCCAUCUGAAACAUCUGGACUCUGACUCCAAUGAGACAAGAUGGAGGACAACAUCCACAGUAUUGUGGAGAUGCAGGCUGUCAGAGAUCAGCUGUGAUUCUCUGGUCUCAGCUCUGAAGUCCAACCCCUCCCAUCUGAAACAUCUGGACCUGAGUUACAACAACCUGGAGAAUUCAGGAGUGAAGCAGCUGUGUGGUUUUCUGGAGAGUCCAGACUGUAGACUGGAGACUCUGGAGUUAAUAGACUGCAGUUUAUCAGAGAUCAGCUGUGACUCUCUGGGACCAGCUCUGAAGUCCAACCCCUCCCACCUGAAACAUCUGGACCUGAGUAAAAACAACCUGAAGGAUUCAGGAGUGAAGCAGCUGUGUGGUUUUCUGGAGAGUCCAGACUGUAGACUGGAGACUCUGAGGCUGAUUAAAUGCAGUUUGUCAGAGAUCAGCUGUGAUUCUCUGGUCUCAGCUCUGAAGUCCAACCCCUCCCAUCUGAAACAUCUGGAACUGAGCAGAAACAACCUGAAGGAUUCAGGAGUGAGGCAGCUUCUUUAUCUUGUGGAGAGUCCAGACUAUAAACUGGAGACUCUGAGGUGGAGGUAAACAGGAGGGUAUGUGUCGUGAGAGGAUGAGCUGUGUCCUGAUGAUCCAGAGGUUGAAGCAGACUCUGACUGGACCAUGUUACUGGGAGUUGGGGAGGAGAGCUUCAUCCACAUGGUCUCCAUUUAAGACCAUCAACAGAGCUGCACUUCAACUCUUCACAGAGCUCCAACAAAUCAAGUCCAGUCCCUCAUCAAUGAUUCAGACACAUGUCAACUUGCCAGCAUCAACAGUCCUUCCUGAUGUUGUCUAGAUGUUUGCUCCUUGUCUUCUCUUGUCUCCAUAAAAACAGUAGAUGUUUUAUUUAUUCUACAGGUCAACCUAGUCAACCUCUGGUCCAUCUGUCUGUCUCUGAGAGAUGGACCAGAGGAAAAUUUUGAUGUUCAAAGUUUAUUUUUUCACAGCUCAUGAGACAAAAUUGUGAUUCUCAUUUCAGCCUCAUAUUGUUUCCAUUUUGCCUGUUCGGCUUUUAAAAGUCACUUGGGGCAAUAGCGUGAGACAUAAGUGGCUUGAGUCAUACUUGAGAGUAAGGAGAUACCUUACUCAGUCUCAUAAAUGGCUCAUUCUUUUCUGCAUGUGGAUUGCACAAAGAAUUUAAGGAUUCAUUUUUACUUAGUCCAUUUAACCUCUUCAUCCCUAGGCUUAUUUUUCUGCCUCCUGUGCAAAAAUGACAUAUAAUAAUAAAUGUGUUAUAUCUUCAAAA